AUGGCUGACGAGAGUGAACAAGCAAAUACAACAACACCAACCUCAGUCGAAGAACCACUUGAUCUUGUUCGAUUGAGUCUCGAUGAAAGAGUUUGUGUAAAGAUGCGCAAUGAACGAGAAUUACGUGGUCGACUCCACGCAUUUGAUCAACACUUAAAUAUGGUCUUAGGGGAAGUCGAAGAAACCAUCACGACAAUUGAGAUUGACGAAGAAACAUUCGAGCAAAUUUAUCGACCAACAAAACGACAAAUUCCGAUGUUAUUCGUACGCGGUGACGGUGUUAUUUUAAUUUCGCCACUGGCUAAACAAUCAUAA